AUGGGCUGUGGUAACUCGAAAGUCGUUGUCGGUAAGCGAGAAGCCGCCAACUACUACGGCAUCAUCGGUACCCGCCCCAAACUCAUCGCCCGCAGCGAUUACAAAACCAGACGAUGGUCUGAAAUGCCCAGCGAGCGCAGACAGGUCAUCAACCAUCGCCUCAUCACCUUCUGGCACGACCCCUCCUGUCAACUAUACAACCAGGUUUUGGAUGUCAUCCUGGACCUUUGGGUGGCACGGAUCGACAUCCUUCGAGUUGGGCCGAGGGGAUGUCCAAAGCCGGUCAAGCUGGUCAUUACUAUCUGGCCUGAUACAUUGGAAAAACAUCUGGCGUGGCAUCUUGCUAUUGGGUGCCGGGCUGUUCUGCUAAAGUUUGGGGUUUGGGAUGUGGAGGUCGAGAUCCUGGAGGAUGCAUGGGCCGAGACACGCCGGGUUGCAAAGCGCGUGGAAGUGGAUGAGAAGAAUGGCGGCCGAUAA